GAGUCUCUACUCUGAAGCAAAUUAGUCCUCGGAAUUAAGCACGCUUCAGAAGAUGUCAGCACCUUUGGUAAGUAAAUGAUCACCAACCCUUUUUUACUUUGGCUUCUAAAUACACGCUUUGGCCACUGGAAGUCUGGUAACUAACGAAAAGGAGCAUACUAGAAACUGAAAACCGCCUAAAAUUUUCAGAAAAGGCGGUUUAACCCUUUAACUCCCAGAUCAAAUUUGUAACUCUCCUUACUGUCAACUAUACAAUUUUUAUAAUGUUAGUUCAGAGAAUUUAGUAUUGGAUCAACUUAUUAUCCUCAAAUAGAUAUUUUUCUUUGUUCUCAUCACUUAUCUAUUAAUUUGAUAUUGUAUUGAUACCGUAAGGAGAAAUUCUGUCUUGGUCACUCAUGAGAGUUAAAGAGUUAAUAAUCGAUCAAACCCUAAAAAACCACCGGAAAUCAUGAUUUCAAUCUAGAAUGAAACAGUGAGGGCACGGAGUUGGACAAGUCAGUAACAAGACCGUGACACCGCUUUUAACGAAUGUCGAAAGCGGCAAAAAGGAGAGCAGGGAAGUGGAAAGAAAGCGGCAAUGAAUAUGACCAAAAUUGGAAGCCGAAAAACCCCGUGCCUUUAAAUUGCUCUGCAGCUAAGCCCCACGAAAUUAUUUUCCAUUCACGUUGGAAAAUUGGAAUGUAGCUUAAAGAGGUAAAAUGAUUAAAAGAACUGAGCGGAGUUAUUCCAAAUUGAUUCAUUUUUCAGAUCUUGUGGUGUGUGAUUGCUCUCUUUGCUAAUGUUCCAACAGCAUUUAGCAGUAAGUUAUGAGUCUGUUCAUAUGUUUACUUUUCAUUCAUUUACAAUCACUACGUAAAGCCGCUUUCAGUUAAAAGAUGUCGAAACACCAAAAUAAAUAUGAUCAAAACGGCAAAUUAGAGCCAAGGUUAACAUCGUCAGUAGCUAAUAGGAACUCAGGGUAAAAAAAGCGAAAGUGCAGGGAUAUACGUGACUGGCACUAGUUGUUUAGAACAAUCAAAGAGGAAAGUUAAGCGAAACCAAAGAGAUUCAGGAUUACUUUCCUUACGCAAUUGACAAAUUGCUAUCCAGUUUAAAUACCUCUCGAUAAUAUUUGAAAUACUGUAAAAAAUAUUUUUAAAAAAAGAUUCUUAGAAGCUUUGAUCUAUGGACAAUAUGUUUUGAAUAUGAUUAUAAUUAACAUUAUUAAUAUCAUUACCAUUAUUAUAACUAUUAAUAUUAUUAUUAUUAAAUAUGAAGUUAGACAAUUUCUCAUUUUCUACGGAACCUAACUUUUGAAAAAUACGUCCAUAGGACCUCGGCAUAUUGGAAAGCCUGUUUCUGAAGUCAAAGUGGAUGAAGUACAAAAAAGGCAGUCAGGUGAGAUGUUCAGUGAAGCUUUUAUCUAAAAAAUACUGUGGCAAACAUGUUCAAGACGAAUUGCAUAAACUUGCUCCGUAUGACUUAACGUGCAAUCCUAAGCUUGCGUUAUUAAAAGACUAUUUAACAUUGAUAAUUGUGUUUCUACAGAAUGCGGGAAUGUGACGAAUAAUGAACUGAAAAGUCCCAGGUACCCGAGUAACUACCCAAAUAGCAUAGAUUGCGUUUACUGGGUCGUCAUUCCUGCUGGCAAGACAAUGAACAUCUACUUUAAUGACUUCUCUCUCGAAUAUAACUCCAUAUGUAGGUAAGUGGGAUGUGAAAGUAAAACGAUGCAAAAAUAAAGUAUUUCAUUAGAACUUCCUAUAAAGCUCCCAUACAAACUUGACAAUCGUUACCUCAUUUAUUUCCAUCUCUAUAUUCAGUCCUAUUCCAUUCCUAGGAGUGACCAAAAAGGUAUUUCUCUUUGAUAUAAACACUUUUCCCAGCUGAAAGGUGUUAAGAAAGAAAUCUAUCUCAUGGAGAUGUUUAUUGAUUUAACAUCUAUUUUUCCUAAAAAUUUCACCCCUAUAUACAUUAAGGUCACAAGAAUAAAAGAAACGAUGACCAACUCAAGAAGCCCUUGAUGAUUUUAAAAACUCUCCUUUUCAGUACCUCAGGAAAUGUAUGGAGAAAAGUAUGGCAAAAUGACUGUAAGGUGGAAAGGGUAAAGGAUGAUUGAAAAUACAGAUAAAAUUUCCUACUUUUUUAACGAAAACCCCAUGAACAAGUCCUAUUUGCAUGUAAAUAUUGUCUACCACAAUAUUUGCUAAUGGAGGUAACAUGUCUAUAAUAAUUGUUCAUCCAUUUUGAAAAUUACUUGACUAUUAUUACUCAGGUCAGGAUCUCAUAAUAGUCCACUUUGCUCAGGUCAAACGUGACAGAGAAAUUUGAUUUAAUCUUUUACAUAACAGCUAUGACUAUUUGAAGAUUGCAAACGAAAAAGAUGAGACAUUUGGUGGGCGCAAUGGAAAGUACUGUGGUGUUCAAUAUGGAAACGUCAGUGUCACUGGUCAAUACGCUGUGUUAACAUUUCAUUCAGACGGCAUCUUCUCACGUAGAGGAUACAACUUGACAUUCACUUUUGUCCCUGUCGGCUGUAAGUACGGUGAAAUUUUGUUUUCAUAUGGGUCUUUACUUCAACCUUCUUAGAGAUAAGAUAUUGCAAAAAGAAAAGAAAUAUGGUUAAGGAUGAUGGAGAUCAAGUUGAAUUGUAAAUUAAGGAACUCCAAAAAAUCGAGGCUGUCUUUUUCCAGAUGCAAAAAAAGUGUGUGCUGACUAAGCCCUUUCUUUGGCUGUUCUCGUAUCACUGAACUCCAGUGAGUUUCCACUACUCGGCGUGAGUUAUAGGAGUACUGGGUACUCUCAAUCUAUAACGAUUCCAUGGGUGGACCUUAAUGUAGUGAUCUCAUUUCACUUUGCAGCAAAUGGUACCCAGUCUCCGCCUACUGACCCUCCAAGUAAGUAGUACUGUGUUAUACAUCAAUUUCAAAUGGCAUUAUGUUACUGAUUAUUCAAAAUCAAAAUUUUGAAAAUAAAACACAUUAUGUGGUAGACAAACCCUAGUGAGGUAAUUGUGCUUGAAAGGGAAAAAAGAAGGAAUAUAGUGGAGAGGAUCAAUUUAGAAGAUUUAUGUAUAUUCCCAGAAAAACCAUGAAAUAAAGUUCACCGAUAAUUCAUCAAACCCUGUCUCUUCCUUAGAAGAAAAGUGAUUCAAUUUGGUUCAUCUUGUAUCAAUCAACUCCGGUGAUUUCCCACAGCAUGUAGUGGCUUAGCAGUUAUAAUAGCUCAUUACAAGACGUCAUUACAGCAUUAAGCAACUUCAUGAAUGUAAUGUAUUAAAGUGGUGUGGUUUGUUUUCACCUCUUCCGGGACUCGUACCCCUUAUACUCCCACAUACCCUCCAACAUCAGCAAACCAUCCAUGUAAGUAGCACUGACUUAUCCAUCAAUCUCAGUUGAUAUCUUUCAAAUAUCAAGAACAACUUUUUUAAGUAAAUUGUAACAUUGAUUUUAACAAAACACAAUCUAAUGAGUCAAUCUACACUGUGAAGUAGAUUUCAACUGAGAGUGAAAUGUUAUUUAAGAUUGCAUUGGGUUUGCUUUACUUCACUCUGUGAUUGGUUAAGAACAGUCACACUACCCCCUUAACCGCUAAACCAAUAAUAACUUAACUUAUGGAAUUUUUCUCUUUCCUUUGUAACUUCUAUUUAAUUCACCGUUGGCCUCUUGUAAUAUUAUCAUUGUUUUCCAUAGUUGCAUUCGUUUUCAAUUCAGUAGGUACCCAAGGUCCACAAACAGUGUACCCAACAAAUCCUCCUUGGUAUACCACAGCACCACCAAACGGUAAGAAGACCAAAGUACUACAAUAUUUGAAUUAGUUUGUUGAAUAAUGUAAAAUUCCAUUGAGUCAGUAUUUUCUCUUUCCCUUUAUAACAGUUGGCCUCUUGUAAUAUUAUCAUUGCUUUCCACUGUUGUGUUUGCUUUCAAUUCCACAGGUACCCAGGGUCCACAAACAGUGUACCCAACAAAUCCUCCAUGGUAUACCACAGCACCACCAAACGGUAAGAAGACCAAAGUAUUAAAGAACUUAAUUUAAUUUCUUGGAUGUUGUAAACUUCAUUUGUGUCGAUAUUUUUCUUUAAAUAAUCCUUCUACUUUUAUUAUACAGUUGGUUGUGGUUACGUGCAAGGUUAUCAGCUCACAAGUCCCGGAUAUCCAAACAAUUAUCCGAAUGGGAUGGACUGUGAGUACUGGAUCUACAUUCCUUAUGGCAAGGCGUUAAGAAUUUACUUCAAUGAAUUUCAAGUUGAGUACCAUUCAAGUUGCAGGUAAAUGAGUUGUGAAGCAAACAGGUUUCAAAAUUACCGCGUAAUGCAUCAGUACUACAUAUACUGAUCUUCUGUAGGAACAUGUCAAGUGAUACUUGACUUGGAUGGGGAGGGAGGUGGGGAGGGAGGUGGGGUGGGGGUUGUGGCUGGUGGGAAUUAGAAAGCAAGGAAGAUGUACUGCACCCUGACCGAAGGCUGUUAGAAUAGAGUAUGGUUUAUGACGGUCCCAAUGGAAUACUUAGAGAAAUGAUUACCAUACAAAGCAUACUCGCUGGUGCAUUUUAUGAUCAAAUCCAGUACCAAGCUCUACUGCGAUUCUAUCUUUAACUAUUAGAUUAUGGGCUCGAGAUUUCUAUCGCAUAGUUGCUGGUAAGGGAAAAGCCCAAAUCAACUACUACUUUUGGCAAUCGAGAGAGAAUAAUGUAAUCAGUUUGGUUUAAAAUCUGCAAGUAAUUUAAUCCUUAACAAGAUAGGUUCAUGUUAUUUUUCUGUCUAGUUUAGAACUGUUCACUGAAAGGUCUUUCACUCAAUUCACUGUCUAUCACCAAAUAGGAAAAUAUCUAUCUCAGAAUAGAAAGCGAAUAGCACAGCCAAUCAGGUUGCAGCAUCUGUGAAAGAACGCAAGUAGAUUAAAACGAAAAGGAAAUAAAAAUAAUUGAUGAAUAGUGUAGUGUUUGUUCCUAUAUUUGGAUAAAUACCGUAGCCGUUAGAUAUCUUUAUUUCAUUGGUUAGCACACCCUUGACCGAAGUCAUGUGAUUAUCCAUAUAUAUUUGCGUAUAAAUAUUGUCCACCACUUCACUUUAACUGCAAUAUUUGCUGAUGAAGGUAACACGUCUAUAAUAAUUUUAUAACCAUUUUGACAAUCACGUGACCGUUUCUCAAGUCAGGAGCCUCUGCUCAGGUUUAAUUUAUAGAGGAAUUUGGUUUAAUCUUUUUCAUAACAGCUAUGACUAUUUGAGGAUUGCAAACGAAAAAAAUGAGACAUUUGGUGGGCGCAAUGGAAAGUACUGUGGUGUUCAAUAUGGAAGCGUCAGUGUCACUGGUCAAUACGCUGUGUUAACAUUUCAUUCAGACGGCAUCUUCUCACGUAGAGGAUACAACUUGACAUUCACGUUAAUCCCUACUGGCUGUAAGUACUGUAACAUUUUUUUACAGAUCAAGUCGAAUUGUAAAAUAAGGAACUCCAAAAAAUCGAGGCUGUCAUUUUCAAGAUGCACAAAAGUGUAUGCUGACUAAGCCCCUUCUUUGGUUGUUCUCGUAUCACUGAACUCCACCGAGUUUCCACAGUUCGGUGUGAGUUAUGGAAGUAUUGGGUACUCUAAACCCAUUACGAUUCCAUUGGUGGACCUUGAUGCAGUGAUCUCAUUUCACUUUUGCAGCAAAUGGUACCCAGCCUCCGCCCACUUACACUCCAAAACGAACCCCUGCAAGUAAGUAAUACCGAGUUAUAUAUCAAUUUCAAAUGGCAGCCUUUUACGAAAUAUUCAAAACAAAAUUUGGAAAUAAAACACAUUAUGAGGAAGACAAACCCUGGUGACGUAAUUGUGCUUGAAAGGGAAAAAAAAAGAACGCAGUGGAGAGGAUCAAUUUAAAAGAUUGAUGUAUAUUCAAAGAAAAACCAUAAAAUUAAGGUCACGAAUAAUUCACCAAACCCUGACCCUUCCUUAGAAGAUAAAAUAAUCAAUUUGGUUCAUCUUGUAUCCAUCAACUCCAGUAAUUCCCUACAAGAUGGAAUGGCUCAUAGCAGUUAUAAUAGCUCAUUACAAGAAGUCAUCAGUUACAGCAUUAAGCAACUUCAUAACCAUAAUGUAUUAAAGUGGUGUAGUUUGUUUUCACCCCUUGCGGAACUCGUAUCCCGUAUACGCCCACGUGUCCUCCACGGGUUUCGUAGAUCACAUUAUGUUUCAAACCAUGUUUAAAAGGUGAACUAAUCGGAGUAAUGUGUAAUUAAGAGAUGAGACAAAUUCUAAGUUUCAUCGGUCUCCGCUUCUAUAGUUUCAACUAUAAUGUUUUCGCUAAUGUUGUUUUUCUUUUAAAAGGAAUAUAACAUAAACAUAAAAAUUUUACUUGAAACUAUAAAAUUAAAAAUAGAGUUCACCACACCAAUACCAAACACAGCUUAUCCAACAGCCAGCCGUGAGUAUUUUAGGAUUUCGUUAGCGCUCUUCUUCUGGAUAGAACUUUAUAACUGUUACCAAGUUUCACGCUUUAACUCAAAUUCAACAACAAGGUCACGAAAUUCGCCUUCAGUUUGUCCUCAAUAUGUAUGAAAAGUGAAAUUAUGUUUCAUUUCUUCAGAAACUAUCCAUAACGCUGAAAACAACAACGUAAAUUCAUUUAAACGCCAGAAUUUAGAGAUAUGUUUUCCACGAAGCUUCGAUAAAUCUCGACUCGAACUAAAUUGGAUAAUGUACACGGUAAAAUAUUUUAUUAUGUUUGUGGCGGAUCACGAAUCACGCAAAGCUCAAUACAAAUUUAACUUAAGUUUCACGAGAAAGUGAAAAUACCAAUUCAAGCUUCACGCAUCAUUUACAGUGAUGUAAGUUUAAUCUAAGAUGCGAGAAAAUGAUGUUGUGUAAAGUUUCUAUCCUUUUCUGGACCUUUUUUACCAGCUAUGUUUCCAUCUGUUGGACCAUCUCCCGAUGCAAAGAGGUAAAUAGCGAAAUCUGAGUUUUAAUUUUUCCAUGUAGUUCCUAUUACCGAGUAACAGCCACCAAAAUACCAAAUAUUAAGGUUGCUUUUCAGCAGAAAUUGCCGCAUUAAGUUACACUUUUAAGUCAUAAAUAACCAGACCUUGCAUACUUGAUUUUGGAGUAACGGAUAAGCUAAUGAUUCUAUUCAUUGCUUGCUAAUAGAGGAGUUUUUUGUCGUUUUUAUUUUCAGGGAACUCCAGUACCUCAUUGCCAUCGUGCGAUACCUCCUAAAUCAGGUAAUAGCAUUGAAUGAAAUAAAAGUUACCGAGAUCCGUCAGGAAUAUUAACGAUGGAAGUCUCCUAUUUGUAUUUGGGGACUGCAGAAGUCCCUAAUUGAUGCCUUGUUCGACCAGAAAACCUCUCUACAGAAAUGAAAGACUACUCCUAUGUCGCCUAUAGAAAAAUGUAGCCUGGAAAUAUGGGUUGAUGAAGAAAGCCCAGAUUGAGAAAUAUUGAAGUGGCGUUUUUUCCUUGCAUUUUUAUUUGAUCUAAUUCCCCUAAUUCGAAAUUCAAGUUUUAAUAUAAUGGCAAAUGAAAACCACCUCGUGUGACGUAGGCUAUAUGUGUUUAGAACUGUAUUAUAACAGAAGCACAUAACAUUCAGUUUAUGACGAUGAUGAUGAAGAAUAUGAUAACGAUGAUAAUGAAUAUGAUAUUGAUUACACUUUAUUUCAAACCACCCAACCAAGUCAUCAAGCAAAGGCAUUGGAUAAGUUCCUGUCUGUCUUUCAAAGUUUCUCCAAACUGAAAAAUUUAGCCUAAAUUUUUGAAGUGGUACAUGCGCAAUUCACAACUAUCGGUUUUCCAACGACCCACUAAACUGAGAGAAACUAAAGAUAUCGUUAUGUGGCUCCAUUAAGGCGCUAAAUCUUUACAAUUUUCCUUCCCCAGAUGGAGUAUGUAGUGAACAAUGAGGUUUUCAGUGUGUCUGUCAGGGAUUAUGAAGGUAGGCCGUUUAAUCAAGCAUUAAUGUACAUUCAGAAUGUUAUUAAAAACCUUACAAGCCUACGAUUAAAAUUGCAUCUUGUUUGAGCAGAUGUACUUUCUGUGAAAACAAACAGCAGCCGUCUCAAAAAAAAAUCAAUGGACGAACGAAUAAAGAAUGAGCACCAGUAAUGAAACAAACGAACGAAUCGAAGAACAAUGAACGAACAAACGACCAAACUGAAGAAACUAAUAAGCCUGCUAACAUAAAAAACGAAAGAACCAAAGAAUGACAACCUGAGAAUGAAAGAACGGACGACCAAACGAAUGAGCCAAUGAGGACCAAGGAACGACGAAACGAGCGAACGAGAAUGGACGAACGACCAAUCACACAAGCCAACGAACGAACUAUUGAAAACCAAACAAUGGACGAACGGACGAACAAACCAACGAGCAAACAAUAGAAUAAAUGAAUGAACAAAUGAAGCAACGAAUAAAUGAAUAAAUGUUAAAAAAUUUGGUUUAGUUUUGUUGAGCCGUUCAGCGGACCUCUAUCUGUGCCACCAUAAACUUCCCUAAAAAUGGAUGAUUGCGUGAAAACCAAAACGUGGUAAGAUGCACCCCGGCUUCACCCCUAAAACCAUGGUUCAAAUUACUACGUCAAGUUUUCUUGUUUUUUAACCGACAGCUCGAGUCAAGAGAGCGAUUACUGAUGUCCACCAUGCUCUACGGGCUGAAGGAAGGCAGAAGCGUGACGUUAGUAGUGUGAAGAUGAUUAGCCAGUUGGAAAAGAAGGCUGACGAUCUAAUAAAGCAACUGCAAAUCAAAGAAGGUGGGUAACACUCCUUGGGCAACUCAUAACAAGAUGAAAAAAAAUCAUUCGUUUAGGACUAGAUAAAGAGUCUUUGUGUCCUGUUUUAGAUCGAUACCAGAGGAGUGCCCCUAAAAGGAAAGUUGCCAUUGAGGAUGCUGAGAAAGCUCACUGAGCUGGUAAGGAUAUUAGUUAAAACUAAAGUUAUAACGAUAAAAACCACGAAAUGUUAAAUACAUGGCAGUAACAGCUGAGCUGUAGCAAAAAGUACAAAAAAUAUAGCAAAACAGUCCUUAUUACCAACUCUCCUAAAAACAACUAAAAGGAAACUAUUAUAGUAAAUUCAUGGUUUCAAACAGUAACAUGAUUUUCUCGACAUCUGCUGGUAAAGUAAACUAUUGUUAUCUAACAAUACCAAGAAAAUUACGGCUAAAAACAACUUAAGAUGGGUUAAAAAUGGGCUCACUCCCUGAGAAGUAGAUGGGGAAAUAGGCUCAGAGAGAUUGAAGAUAUGAAGAAUGGAAUUGGGCCGCUACCCUUCAGCUUACAACAAUGCGGCACUGAGCAACAGGAGAGCGAUUAAAAGUUAGGAAAAAAUAAAUGUUCAGAUCUGAAAACAAGUUGACACUGACGUUCUUCUUUUUGUCCACAGAUCAGGUUGACAUAGUCAAAGCAACUAGAAACACUAAAAAGAAAGUUGAUGCUAGAAGAG